AUGACUACCAAUGUGAUACGACCAAUUAAGAAACCAUUAACCACCAUUCGAAAACCUGGUAGGCCAGCAAAAGUAAAAAUCUCUGGCAUAUCUGUGACUGUCAGUAGAGUUUCACCUCAGGAAAGAAAAGUGAGUAUUAGCAACUGUUUGCCUCCUUUACAACAGCAGAACACGUUAGAAAAGAACGUGCCACAGGAGAGAAAAAAUGUACUGUGCAAUAAUGUGGGUCCAGUAAAGAGCGUGCAGAAAACUUCUAGGGAGGACGGAUCAAACAGUGUUGUUGCAACAGUGUCAAGGAAACGUGACAUUCCAUUGAGACAUUCUGCUAGAGACAGAAAGCCCUCACUGCAUUUUUUGCAUUCAUUAGCAUCUUCUAAUGCAUUUACUUGUAGAAGUGCCUUACUACAUAAAUCUUACAAACUCCAUUUGAAAAAAGCUAAAGAUCGAAAGGAAAAACUUAGGCAACCGAAUCAGAGCACAGCAUCCAAAGAUACCUCAGAACUGAGAAAUUCAGGGCAUGUGAAAGUGGCUCUUAAGGAUGGUGAACUCGGGCCCAUUAGCGAAGUAUCAUUAGACCCCAUUUUUUCAUCUAACCCCUCUCUCAGGUGGUGGGCUGCUUCCACGCCAAGUGACACUUUGUUGGAGGAACUGAAUAACAGAUUUGAGCAGAUAACCAAUACCUGGUUGCGAGUGGGGGGAAAUGAGUUUGAUAAGUGUGUAUGUGAAAAAAAGGAUCCUGUUGAACCAGACUGUAACACUGAAAUGUCAAACCCUUUAGACUCCUGCCUUGUAGAACUUGAAACAUCACCUAUAAAAAUGCUUUUUCAGAAAAAGUGUGACAUGAAUGAGCUCUGCACCUGGUUUAUGCAAACCACAGAAACACAGUCUCUCUCUCUAGUGAGAAAGGCGAAUGCUCGCAAUCCUUUAGAAGUAGUUAGUACUAGAGAGGUAAAGGUGGAAGCUAAACAAUCUGAUCUUAGUACUUGCCCUUUCAGAAAGCACUUUAAAAAGUUUGCACUAUCCUCUCCUUCAAAACCAGCAGGGAAAUUACAAAUAUUACACAACAUGGUGAGGUCUCCAGUCUUAAGCAUGAAAAGUAAUUUUGCGCUAGCCAGGUUAAAAAGAAAUGAAUUUAAGAAGUUGCAGCAUGAUAGGUGGGGACAGCCAAGAAAGCUCUAUAAUCAGGCUUCCAGAGGUUGGAAAUCAAAAAAGAAAAAUUUGCAGUUCUUUUGCCAGAACCAGUUGUUUAAAAAUACAGGUGGGGAGACCAGUGAUGAAGUGGACAAGCUCCAGCAAAAAAAUACAGUAGAAAUCCAGCCUGCUCAGACUUUGGUAGAAUCUCAGUAUAGCCUCUUGCCAACUGAAAAUGAAGCCAGAGAUGCAUUUGUUCAACAGAUGAUGGGAUCCUCUGACUUUGACCCACAUCUUGGUUUAGCAAAUAUACUUAAGUCACAUGCAGAGACAAAUGGAACAAUUUACUGCCAGCAAAAUCUUAGAAAAGAACAAAGCCAAGAUAAACUGUUUCAAAAUACUUGGAAAGCCAAAACUUUUAAAGAUUGUAGGAUAUUUCUGAGAAAAAUCAACCAUGUUGAGCAGCACAAUUCAUUUAAGAUAAAUAAUGUCAUUUAUGCUCCUGAAGCUGCUGAAAGUAAGAGCAAUCAGGCCUGUAUGGAAGACAAAAGACAUCCUCUUUUAAGGUCCCAUUCUACUAAACAAAGUGUGUUAAAGAAACAAGAACCUGCAAUGGAAACACCAAAAGGAUCUAAUUCUUCUAGAGUGACUGCAAAGCUGGAUGACCAGUUUCACAGCAGAAAAUUAAGUGCUGUAAACCAUGAUGAUAAUCCUGCUGGUAGUUCUGAAGUUCUUAUCAGAAUAAACAAAAGAAAAAACCCACAAUGGGAGACCACUGACACAAAUAUAAGAAAAAGACAUAAGAGACAAUCAUGCAGUAGUGGACAAAUGGCAACUUAUUACCCAAAGUACCAAGUAGGCAUUUGUGGACCUUUUGGAUAGCAAACCUCACCACUGAAGAAAACUCCAAAAACACCAGGCCAAACAAAAAAAAACCACCCAAACCCAACAACAACCCUCAAAACAAACCAACAUUCCAGCCCAAUCUCUGUUGUUUCUGCAAAGUGUUUUAAGUUUUGUUACCUGCCUGUGGCUGUAAAGCACAUAACAAGCAGGAACGAGGAAAGCUGCAAGGCUUUAGGAGUCAGUCCUACCACCGUCCCAUACUCCUUUGAAACACACAUGUACACUUAAUCCCAUGGUCCUAGGAAAAGGCUUUGUCUUUCUGCACAGCAAGUGGGGGCAAAGGUUCAAGUCUGACGAGGCUGUAAAACCAAGAAAGCAACCUUGCUGACUGAAGUCUUCUCUGACACCUGUGGUUGCACUCUCUGUUUCCUAUGGGAAGGAAAAGAUCAGAGCACCAAGAGCAUAUGCAAACCAGAAAAGAAGGAAGGAAAAGGGUACAAGGCAAAACAAGACAAAAGAUGGAGGCAGAAGAAUGAGGACACAGGGGAAGGCAGAGCAUGGGAGCAGCACCACAGUUACGGAGGGUUAGAAGCUGAGGUUAGUAAAUUAGAAAUGGCUGGCAUGCAGCCUUUCUAAAGAGCUUGCAUCAAAAUGUCAGAGAAAGAAAACUGUCUUUCAGAUGACUGGUGAAAAAUAAGUGACUAGUCACUUCAGCUGUUACCCAGCUGUCUUUCCUUCUUGCCAGAUGUAAAAAAAAGUUUAACCAAAGUCAAUAUUUUAGUAACACAAGCUAACAUGGUUUAGGUUAUAGUCUUGCAAUUGCUGAAUGUCUUCAGCUAGACUGUGCAUCUAUUCAAACACAAUACUUGAGCAAAGUCAAUCUGCAGUAAGUUGCACCUAAGUUCCUGAAAUGCAGCAAGAGACGUUGCUGCUUAGACAUCCUUUUGAUGCCUAGAUGUCCUGAUCUGCUCAGUGAUCCCCACGAAAGACUGAGUUUCUUUCCCUUGUAUUACUUAUUUUCCUGGCUUUGAAACAUAAAAACUGUAUACAGUAACGUCAACAAAAAAAACACCCCAAAAUCUUGACCGGUUCCUGCUCUCUGAUUUGACACUAGUGAGCCUGCAGAGUUCACCCCUUCCUUUGCAGCUUUGGCCUAGGACAGUCUCUGAGACUUAGCAGCACCUCAGCAAUCUCAGCACAGACAGCCCUGGUCCGUUUUCACACCACAGCGUGUGCACUACAGUCAAGUUCUCUCUGGGUGUUUCUGGAACAUAAAGCAGUAGAACAGCAAACCAAACCAACAGUCUGUGCAGUCUGCCACCACCUCAUCUCGCCUUGUACCCGUUUGCUUGCUAGCAGGGCAAGAGCAAAGUGUACUAAACUUCUUCUCAUUUUUUCCUCUCUCCCACCCCUGCUUCUUUCC